AUGUAUUAUGAUCUCAAUGUUCCAUACAUCGCGAACCAUGGAGAGCUGCAACGCACACUGGCAUUCCUCUCAGAACUGGGUUAUAACACCAUUGCAUUAGAUUUUGCCGUAACUGGCAAGGUUCCCGCCGAAAUCUCGAAUCAGAUACCAACUCCUCUCCCAUUCACGAUACCAAAUUCUCUUCACAUCCUUCGCCGCUGCACCCUCCACCUAUCCGAUCCGUCCCAAAAUUAUCGACUUCAAGCUCUCAAUUCGGCUUACGAUCUAUUGGCUAUUCGUCCCGACAACGAAAAAUCACUUCAACAAGCUUGUCAAGCUCUCGAAUGCGAUCUCAUUUCUCUUGACCUGAGCACACGCUUCCCUUUUUACUUCAAGCACAAGACCAUGGCCAACGCCCUACAGAGAGGCGUAAAGUUUGAGAUCUGCUACGGUCCGGGAAUUCUGAAUAGUGAUGGAGGCGCGUCAAGGAGGAAUUUGAUCAGCAAUGCUACGCAAUUGAUACGUGCAACAAGAGGUAGAGGUAUCGUCAUCAGCAGUGAAGCGAAAAGAGCGCUGGCUUGUCGGGGGCCAGCGGAUGUAGUGAAUUUGGCAGUACUGUGGGGCUUGGGGCAGGAGAAAGGUGUAGAAGCUAUUGACAGAGAGGCGAGGAGUGCUGUGGUGCACGCAGAGAUGAAAAGGAGGAGCUUCAGAGGGGUAAUCGAUGUGGUCCAUGGGGGGGAAAAGCCUGAGAGAGAGCCAGAAAGAUUCGCGAAAGGCAAGCAAGAGAAGGGCAAGCGGAAGGCUAGUGUCUUGGAUGGGGACGAAGCCGGAGCGGGCAAUCCCACGCCAAAACCAAUUUCGAAGAGGGAGCAGAAACGGCAAGCAAAGAAAGCGAGACUUCAUACUGGCAAGAUUUCGGAAAACAAACCUAAAGAAGCUUCGAAAGGCUCGAUUAUAUCGCCGGACGAUGCUCCCGCGAGUGGAAUUCCAAAUGGCAACAUUAAUUGA